UUCACUAUAUAGGCGAUUGAUUUUUCUUUUCAACCUAAGCCAACCCAACACACACACACACCGACAUUGUGCGGGAGUUAUUUCUAGUUCUGCCCGUCUCGAUUCAAUAGCAUUUGACUACAUGAAAAGUCAUUUUUUUGCAUUUGGCACGAAAAUGUUUUCGUAUCGAAUGUUUGCUCCCGUUUAACAUUGUGCAAACAAUCACGAGAGAGAGAGUCCAACCGAGGCGCCACUACAACAAGAAACACAGUUUGUGUAGUCUGCUGGGUGUUGUGUGUGUGUGUGUGUGUGUUGAUGACGAACUUGUCUCCAUUUCAUUCUACCAACGUUCUCAGCUGUGAAUUACGACCCAAGAAUUUUUUUUUUUCUUUUUCCUUCUAUCCAAUGUGCAAUCCCUUUGUUUUCACGUCAGACAUUUUCACACGAUUCCACCGGGUAAUCGGGAAAACACACGAUGACGAUAUUUUGUAUAGAUUCACUUUUCGUUUUAAAAUUGAAGACGGUUCAAUGUUGAGUCAGACGUGGAAAGAAAUUUUAUCCAAUUCGUUCCAGUCUGAAAGAGAUAAAUAAUUUGUUGGCCACAAACGAAACAAAAGUAGACAAACUAAAAAAAAAAUAAAUCCGGCUCUGUUAUUCUCGCUUUUUGUGGUUUUAAACAAAAUAAACUUUUUAGUUUAGCUUAUCCUUAAAAAAAGAAAAAAAAGGCUGUAGGGAGAGAGGAGAGAAAGAGGCGGCGAGGUGGUUGGUACGAGUAAUGAAUAAUACGGUGGGAGGGUUGUGUGCGUCAGCAGAUGACGUCAGCGUGACGUAGGUAUAACAGUUUCCGGCUUCUCUCUAGCGCCUUUUUUUCUCUCUCCACUCCUGCUGCAUAGUCCCGCGAUCGUGCGGUCGGUCCAGGCGGUCGUGCAACAACAGUUGUAAUACACCAGCCAGUCGGCUUUACUGCGCCUUUCACCUUCACCAGCAUCAGUUGGCCAAACGCUCACUUGUCCACCCUUUUUUUUUAUUACUCAUUUCGGUAGUAGUGAAAAUAAGGAGAGAGAAACUGUUUUUUUUCUCUGAUUGUGUCUGUCUCUGCCAUCUUUUGUCGUGUUUUCCCAGCGAACCUUUUAAAACAAAACAAAAAAGUGCUAAGGUCCGUCGGCAAAAAUGUUUCCAAGAUCAGCAGGUCUUGAGUUGAGGUAUCAUGGACUUGGUGGAUGCCAAUGACGGAUCAGGCGAGAGUGAUCCUCACAACUCCGGUGCAGCAGAAAGUUCAUCCCUGAACGGUGGAAGAAGUAGCGGCGGAGGCAAUAUUGGCGGUUCCAAUCCCAGUCAUUCCCAAUCCUCGUCCGCCAUCAGUAUUGUUCACGUUUCUGUACCGCAAGCUCAAGUGCAAUCGGUGAUACAGCCAACGUCCGUCAUUCAGAGUACGCCUAGUCUACAAGCCACCUCCCUACCAAAAGGCAACAUCAUUUUAGUUAGCAAGCCAAAUUCCGUCAUACACACAACCGGCGGUGGCGGAGGCUCCAUCCAGACAUUACAAGUGAUUGAUAACAGCGGCUUGCACGAAGACGAAAACACCAAAAAAAGGCGCGAAAUCCUGGCACGCCGGCCGUCUUACAGAAAAAUUCUCAACGAGUUGGGAGGUUGCGAGAUUUCCGAAGAUAAAGGAGACUCGCCGGGAAUCGAUUCAGAUAGUAGCAGUUCGUCUCCCGCGCCCCCUUCUAGCCAUAAUCAAAGAACGGCCUCGUCGGUUGCUAUCUCUGGCACGCAUUAUCAGACUGCAGGUUUAAUCAAAGUCCUACCUGGUGGAACCAUCCAACUGGCUACACCAGCCGGCAAUACUAGCCAGGGUUUGGGCGAUGGUGGUGGUCAAACACUAUCCACCCUCACUAUGACAAAUACGCCAGGAGGAGGUGCUAUUGUCCAGUACGCUCAGAAUCAGGACGGCCAAUUUUUUGUGCCAGUUUGCGUCACCGGUGACCUACAAGCAUACGCUUUACGUCCCGUCACGACCACAGCCGGCCUUAAUUCGACGGGCGUCGUAGUCGGCAGUGGCACCGGACAAAGCUUACAGAAUUCCAAACUUUUGGCGGAAGAAGCGUCCCGAAAUCACGAACUACGUAUGAAGGGAAAUAGCGGAAAUCACAGCGACGAAUGGGACCCGUCGGAGCCAUCGCUACAAAAGCGAGAGCUGCGACUGUUAAAGAACCGAGAGGCGGCUCGAGAGUGUCGCCGGAAGAAGAAGGAAUACAUCAAAUGUCUGGAGAAUCGAGUAGCUGUACUCGAGAACCAGAACAAGGCCUUGAUAGAGGAGCUCAAGUCGCUCAAGGAACUCUACUGCAGUCAGAAAACAGACUGAACAUUUGUGGAACGGUGUGUGCUUUUAGGCCACCAAUGAUUUGAAAACUACCAAGCGCGCUUCACCUUUAAUUCCCACAUCCUCUUUUUUAAAACAUCGUCCUUUUUCCAUGUUGAAAAUCCUUUUUUUCUCUGUCAGAAAUCCUUUCUUCUAUCAUCACCUCAGUUUAUUUCUCUUCUCUCUCUGUCCUCUGACUGCUGGAACAUUUGGCUCCAGUUUCCGACCUUUGAAAUCACUGGUAAUUUAACCCUCCUUUUUUUCUCGCGCAGUUUUCAUAUUUGUUUUAACUUUGGUUUACUCCACUGGAAGAAAAACAAAAUUCAGAAGGAAAGAAGAAAAAAAACGCUCGCCCAGUGUAGGAAAAGGCGAGUUGGUGAAUUUUUUUUCCGCUCUUUCUAAUAUUUGUACAUCAAUCAUCUAUGUUAAAAACUUUUUGGAUAUAAGAUUUGUUUUCCUCUCUAAUUCAUUUAUCGUAGAAACAGUAACAGGAAAGCAAGGCGCGGGUUUAUUUGGCUGUGGCGGUUCACGGUACACACAAGCUUACAUUUCUGGCACUUUUGUCUACGUUUGUGGGGGUUGAAUUAUUUGUGAAGUGAGUUAAUGAAUUGUACAUAUAAAGAAAUUAUAUCAGUAAUAGAUUUUGCCAAGGCGAGUUUAACAGGAGAAAAAAAAACGUCGAUCUUAAUCCACAUGAUUGGGUGUAUCAUGUUAUCGUAGACUGUGCUGUUUUUGACGCCAUUUUGUACGACUUUUAUCGUUAGAUUUUCCCCCCUUCCCAGCAAAUUUCCCUUCAAUUCAAACCAACAUCUCUUUCCUACUUUUCUUUCCUUUCCUCUUCAGACUGCCUUACGAUGACUGAUAAGAAGAAUAUUUAAUCGCCAUGUUUUUCACCAGCCCGUUGCCAUCUCAGUCUACCACCAUUUCGACACGUAACUUGAUCCUCAUUCAGAGCCCAUGCUUGUUUAUGCCCCUCGACUUGUACGUGUCGUCCCAUUUUCACUGGCUCCUCCUCUUUCUUUCCUUGUUCCUCUGCAGCAUGUAAUACGAUUUCAACUGAAUCUUUUGUAAUUUUCCACCUGUGGUUUUUGUACACACAGUAUGCCUUACACGGCAUUACAAUACACUUUUUGGUGUAGAA